CAAGGCAUCCAAAGCACCAUCACCAUCGCACAGCUGCACAAGCAGUAGUGUAACCCAAGAGUUCUCACUUCUCAAACUCUCUCAGACUCUCUCUCUGAAAAAGCCUUUCUCUUCAUCUUUUCUCUCCAAUCUUUGUACUGAUUCAGAGUCCAAUUCCAUUCCAAAAUGCCGGACGCAGAUGGCUCCUCCAAACCCCCACAAAUCUCUGAUAUGUUCCAGAAAUUCGCCCAGGCUUUCAAGUCCAAGACCUUCGAGUUCUUCGCCGAAAUCGAAGCCGUCGAAGACUCCGACGGUUUUUCCCUCCUUGACUCCGCCGAAGAAGUCAUCACGGACCAGAAGGUCGUUGUAAUCAAGCCUGAUCCAAUUUACGGUCCCUCCGUGCCCGAACAGCCAUCACUAUCACCACCACGGUCGGUGAUGCCAUGGCCAUUGAACCGGACCCAGAACAAAACCAUCAAUACCCGUCUCACCCAGACCGUAAUUUCUUCCAUUUUUGCUACAGUUUCCUCUUUUGAAGCUUCGUACUUUCAGUUACAGGCUGCCCAUGUUCCGUUUGCUGAGGAAAACGUGAAGGACGCGGAUAGAGCCUUGGUCUCACACCUUCAAAGGCUGUCUGAAUUCAAGCAGUUCUAUAAAGAUUGUUGUAGAAACCAGGAUUUUGGUGAUGAUUUGCCGAUUGGGUCUUGCAUGGAAGCUCGGGUGGAAGAGAAUCAAAGCAAGCUGCGUAUACUCGGGAACGUUUCGAAUCGGUUACAGUCGGAGAUUGAUCAGAAAGAUAACCAGGUUUUGGCUUUGAAGAAGAAGUUGGGUGAGAUUCAGAAGUCCAAUUUUGAGUUGUCAAAGAGGUUGUCUGGUAACUUGAAUUCAUCUUAUGAUGUUUUGUUGUCGGUUAGAGUAUUUGAUUCUGUGUUACUUGAUGCCUGUAGAGCAACACAUAGGUUUACGAAGAUUUUGAUUGAAUUGAUGAGGAAAGCUAUGUGGGAUUUGGGUUUGGCAGCCAAUUCUGUAUAUGCGGAUAUCGAGUACGCAAAAGAAGGACAUAGUCGGUAUGCCUUUCUGUCGUAUGUCUCUUUAUUGAUGUUUAAAGGAUUUCAUUUGGAUGGCUUUGGAGUGGGCGAGAAUGAAAUUGUGUGCAAUGGGCAUGUUUUGAAUUCCGAAAAGAAUAGUAGUUCUUUGAAGCAAUUGCUCGAGCACGUAUCUAGCAAUCCUGUGGAGUUGCUGAGUAUGAAUCGGAAGUGUGAAUUUGCUAAAUUUUGUGAGACUAAGUAUCAGGAGCUUAUCCACCCUAUCAUGGAAUCAUCGAUUUUCAGUAAUUUGGACCGAAAUGAAACGAUGUUGAAUUCGUGGAAAUCAUUGAGCGUGUUCUACGAUUCAUUUGUGAGAAUGGCGAGCUCGAUAUGGACCUUGCAUAAGUUGGCGUUUUCAUUUGAUCCUGUGGUUGAGAUUUUUAAAGUGGAGAGGGGCAUGGAUUUCUCGAUGGUGUACAUGGAAGAUGUCACAAGGAGAUUUAUAUUGCCAUGUAAAACAAGAGCAAAGGUGGGGUUCACUGUGGUUCCUGGUUUUAAAAUUGUAAGGACAAUAAUUCAGUCUCAGGUUUAUUUGAGUGGCCUGAAAUAUAGGGAGUAGUAAUCCAUGGUUCUGGUUUAGGAAAUCAUGGCAAUGGUAAUGGACAGAACAGUUUUAUUCAGUGAUCCAAAACCAGUUGUUUUGGUUUUUGUUUCAUAGGCUUCUUUUCUGGUCAAGGUUUAGUGAUUGAAUUCCAUGAAUUCAACAUUGGAAAUGUACAAAUCAAAGUAUGCACAUCUCUUUCACUCUGCCUUAGAAGGAAAGACCUUGAAACACACAGGUAUCAUAGCCUCUUGCUAUGCUGCUGAAGUGGGAGUAACUGGGGGUAUAGCUGCUUCUUUUUUGGCUAUCUUGUGAUCGGUAGCUGUGAUUCUGUCUGGUUUGUGAAUUUGGUUUUCCUUAUUUAUGUUUAACUCAUAUGUAGAGUAAAAUGUAUAGAACCUUGUUUUUAUUUUUCUCCCCCAUUUUUCUUAGGUUCAUCAGACACAAAUACAUUCUGAAUUUGUAUCUUAAUCAGCCACUCUAACAACUAAUCAUAGUGUUGACUUUCAAUUGUAAACUGUUACUGCAUGAGCGAGUGAUACUAU